AUGCACCGCACCCUUCUGUUGCUGGGUAUCUUGUCUCUCCAGGCCUUUUCUCAGCAAAUUCCCCUUGAACGAGUUGAAGAAGACGCCCAGUGUCGAUGUCGACCAAAUGAUCCCUGCUGGCCCUCCCCGGCUGAUUGGGAUGCUCUAAACGGCUCCAUCCAUGGCAACCUCGUUCGGGUACGGCCCGUUGGGUAUGUUUGCCAUGAACCCACCUACAACAAAAUCGCUUGUGAACACGUAUCCGCAAUGUCCCCCAGCGGGGUUUGGCGCGCCAGCGAGCCAGGUGCCCUAGAGAACACCGCAUGGGAGGUCUCUAUCCCCAGCAAUGAGACCUGCUAUAUUGGAGACAGCAGUGACCCGUCUGAGCCUUGCAGCCAGGGCCGGAUCCCGCUUUAUUCCGCGAUGGUCCAGUCGACGGAAGACAUCCAGGCUGCCGUUCAGUUUGCCAAAGACAAGAAUCUGCGUCUUACAAUCAAAAACACGGGCCACGAUGCCAGCGGUCGGUCUAGCGCGGUAGACUCAUUCCAGAUAUUGACACAGGGACUCAAAGAUAUUACGUUUACGGACAACUUUGUGCCGCAGACGGCCAGAGAAAAGGCCCAAUCGGAGGGUCCGGCUGUGACCUUUGGCGCCGGCGUCCUGGGUAUGGACCUCUAUGCAGCUGCCGCGGAGCAUGGGUAUAAUGUGGUGGCAGGCGAAUGUAGCACCAUUGGGGUUGCCGGUGGAUUUAUUCAGGGAGGAGGUGUCUCGACCGUAUUAGCACCGCUGAGGGGACUGUCAGCUGACUUGGUUCUCGAAUUUGAGAUAGUUACAGCAGAUGGCAAUGUGGUCGUGGCGAACCAACACCAAAAUGCAGAUCUCUUCUGGGCUCUUCGAGGCGGUGGUGGUGGCACAUUUGGCGUGGUCACCAGUGUCACCAUGCGAGUAUUUGAAGAUAUCCCAGCUGUGGUUUCUACCCUAUCGUUUGAAAUGACGGAGCGAGAUCAGACGUACUGGGCGGCAGCAAGGGAGGUUGUCUAUAAGGCUCGAGAUCUAUCAACCGGCGGCAAUUCAGCCCAGUAUUCAAUUGGCCGGAUGCCCUCAGGCAACCCGUACGUGAAACUCACCAUGUUCACUCUAAAUGUGGCGGACAAGAGGGUUGUCAAUGAAUCCUUCUCACCGCUACUAGCCUCGUUAGCUGAGAUCGGUGUUCCGUAUGAAUUCUCCUCCGAUCCAUACCCCAGACUUAGCUCCUAUCUGAAAAUUCCGCAAGAGGAGUACUCUAAGGGACUAGGCUACUACCAGGAUAGCGUCCUCGUUCCGAAUGAGUUGUAUGCAUCGGAAGAUGGCCCGGGAGCGCUCCUCGACCAGCUUGCCAGAAUUGACCUGAAACCAAACGACCUCUGGGUGGUUAAUACGCUUGGGGGCCAGGUUAAUGCUAAUAGCCAUGUCGACAAUGCUCUCCAUGAAGGCUGGCGCUCCGCUGCCGUUCUCCUGCGGGCGGUCCAGAAGCGCAUUUCAAACCCCAGUCCUGUGGCAAUGUACCUAAACGAGGCUGAUCCUCACCUAGAGAACUGGCAGAAGUGGUUUUGGGGAGACAAGUAUGCACGACUCAAGGAUAUCAAACGGAAAUGGGAUCCCGACAGCCUCUUUAUUGUGUCGCUUGGCGUGGGUAGUGAGGAGUGGGUUGCAGAUGGCAUGUGUCGCCUGAACAGCCAGCGUCCAGGGGUCUUCGGAGGGUUCUCCCAGCAUUUCCAAUAUUUGAUGUCUUUCUUUGGAGAUGAUACCUCAGAAUUGUGA